UAACCUUUUGUGCGAAGUUGUUGCAUACCCAAUGCGCUACAUACUCGUCCCUCUCAGCUAGCGCGACAGUGGUGGUCGAUAAGUGUUAUUACGCAAACUCCAGGUCUCACAGCUGUUUCGCUGGCAAGAAAAAGAAAUAUGGCGUCGUCGCGCUGAGAGUCCCUUCGUUGAGGGUCUCUUCGAGGAAACCCGCGAGGACGAUCAUUCCAACUACACUUUUCUAUUCGUCGACUCAGCCUCGAUCGCUUCCGAGAAGGAGUCAUGGGAGCCCUGUACCCGGGAGACUGCCUGGAAGACGACUUCGAGCCGUGGUUGGACGAAACGGACCCCUGGAUCGACCGGGUGUACCGUCUCAACGGCGACGUCUCCACGGCUUCCUCGGACGCCGUCAUCACGCACUACCUGACGGACGACGAGCUUUACCGGACGCUGGCGUUCCCCGCCGAUUACGACUGGUCGACCACGGUGAUCUUCAAGUUCGACGUCGACUGCCCCGAGAUAUGGCCCAAGCUGUGCAAGUUUAUCGAUCUCUGCCCCGAAGUCAAGUUUGGCGGCUGGGCCCGCACCAAGGUGUCCUACGUGCACCUCAUCAAGACCUGGACUGUUGACGAGGCCGACUUCUUGAUCGGUAAACGAGAGGCCGACAUCGAAGGAAUUCACUGCCGCAUUCUUCCCGUCAGAGUUGUGCCGGUCUGAGACGCGAUUCCGCGCUUGGUGUGCGUGUCAGCGCGCGAUCGGACGCUGCAAUGUCAUAACUCCUCUUGUUCAGUUUCAACAUUUUCGUCUCGUUUUCUUUUUUGUGGCCUGUGCGAGUGUUCAUGGGCGUCAGAGUGGUUCUAUUAAACACGUGUGCUACCAA